AAAAUUUAAAAUCUAGACCCGUUGAUUCCUUUGUAUUAAAGGAACGGUAGAAGAAAAACACGAAGCCAAAUUUCCCUCUGCUAUUUUCUGUUUGCGGAGAUGGCCACUCUGCAGGACAUCUGUGCCGAGCAAGGAAUAGCCAUCGAGAAAUUGUUAGAAUUUGCACUGAGGAAUCUUGAAACGAGUAAGCAAGAAAUCUCUUUCCUUAAAGAGGAGAGAGAAAUUCUAUCACGGAAAGUGAAUAUGCAGCAAACCCUCUUAGAUGCCGAACAUCAAUAUUUCCAACAGCGCCUUCAAACGAAUGAAUUGAUGCACAAGGAAAGGGAGUUGACACAAGCAUAUGAAAUCGCCAAGACAAAUCUCCUCUGCGGUGCAGAUCUAAAGGAUGCUUUACUUCUCAAGCUCAAGCUAGAUUCUGCAUUAGAUGACUUGGAAGAACUCCAAACAAGAUAUGAAUUCUUGAUGCUGGAGCUUAAAGAAGAGCAGGUAAAAGCUAAAGCUUUGAAUAAGGGUUCACUUGAAAAAGAGAAAGAGAUACAGACACAGAGAAUCUUGGAAUUAGAGCAAAGAACUCGAGCCCUUCAGGAAUCACUUUGUAACAUGGAGAAAGAUCAUGUUACUGAAAUUGCCAAAGUAAAGGAUGAGUGUAAAAGGAUUAGUUCUUUGAGGAAAAAUGAGGUUUCUGCACUCCUGAGAGAGAAGGAUUUUGUCUGGAAUCAAUUAAAAAGAAUGGAGGAAGACUAUGGCAACCAUCUGAAAAGAAAAACUGAGCAGCUUCAAGAUGCUUCUGAGAAUAUUGAGAAACUUCGCAUUGCAAUGGAUGAGCUCCAGAAGGCAAACAAUGAAAAGGAUGUUGAGCUAACUGUAAUGAAAGUUGAAUUGGGAGAAAAAGAAAGGGAAGUUCAGGCAUUGAAAGAAAAUGUUUCCAAACAUUCGGAACCCAGUAAGUCUCUGCAAGAGUCUAGGCCUGCCGAAAAUAUAUCAACAAAAAGCAAGGGGAGAAGAAUGAAUGUUCUAUCUGUCCAGGAUGCUUGUGGUGUAGAAACAAAUAAAGUGUUUUAUGAAUUGAAUGCAGUACAUCAAACAUAUUCUCAGGAGAACAACACAGAACCACAAGCUCUAAACGAAAAUAAUAUCAGUUACUUGGACAGCAUACCAAACAAGGAUAAUAAGUUACAUUCUGCAGCAUGUGUGGAAAAGAAGGUGAAAGAUGAGAAAAAUUUGGUAUCAAUUCAGGAUGGUCUAACAUCAAGAGAUCAUGUAUUCUGUAAUUUGAAUACUGAACUUAAUGAGCUUGCUAUUUACUCAGAUCUUCUCAAACAACCACCUGCGAAUGAAACACUGUUAAAUAAGAGCCCACAUGUUGAUGAUAAGAAGGGAGUGGAUGGUAUGGACCGUAUCCAAUAUCCCCAGGGAAUAAAUGACAAUACACAACUAAAGUGUGAUGAUAAUGGCAGUUCCAAACAUUCCAAAUCUCCCAAAGAGAUUGCUACCAGAAAUAAUAGUUCAAAUAAGAGACGACGAGGUUCACAGAGGUCAACAUCUCUUGAGUCUUUAUCACAAUCUGCUUCGUGGGAGAGGAGAAAUUUAAGGCCCAGAGGAAAACAAUCUGAUGAAUCCUCACAGCUGUUUGGUCAAAUUGUCAAAUAUAAUGAGAGUAUGCAACCUGUGAGGCCAAAUUUCUUCCCCUCAUCUUUCUCUAUUCCCAAAGUUAAGGUUAUGUCACGUUUGAGUCCUUUCAGAAAUAGGUGGUCAAGAGCAUUGACAGAAAAAAUUAAAUGAGAAGUCCAUUCGCAUUAUGUGGCAUUUUUCUAUCAGCAGGCAACCCUGCAUUAACAUGCAUGUAUUGUGAUGGCUGGCCAAGGUUUUACCGAUAAAUAGUUUUAACUUUUAAGUACAUAGGAAUCCACUUGAACUGCUUAGGAAUACCUGACUCAAAUGUUGAUAUGAUGAAGAAUGUAGCUGUCCUAAUAUAUUCUGCUGUUUCUAUUUUUGAUUUUAUAUGUUCAAGAAAUCAGAACAUUGUGUGACCCAAUGUGGUAUACAUACCAUCUAUUCUUAGGUUCAACUGUAUAUUUAUCUGCUUGGUAUCUAAUGGUAUUGUUCACAAA